AACCCCAUAUCCACACUGUGACUGUAUAACCUCUACUUCCUAGCAACAUUCAAAUAAGCUCUGUAAAUCGAAUCAAAAUAAACAAACUCCCCCCACAACGAGCGACGACAACGACGUGUGUUUUCUCCGUUUUGAAAUCCUUAUAUCAGUCAUAAUAAACAAAACACAAUAUAAUCAGAAUCACAUUCAUCAGCAUCUCCAAAAACUCAACUGAAAAAAUGUCCGUAGCUGCAGUAUCUAUUAAUCGUCAGAAAAAUAACAACACCGAUUUCUCAUGCGGAAGCUGUCCCGACCGAAAUCAUCAACGAAGAAAAUCUGAAGCAAAUUACGAUUCCGAAUCCACCGAAGUACUCUCGUCCACAGACGAGGAAGAACGCUGGAAAGAUGCCGCCCGUACCGCUGAAAUUCCAGCUGAAUAUUAUCACAUUCAAAAGCUCGUCAAAUACAUUAAGGGUGGCAAUCAAACGGCAACAAUUGUUUCACUAUGCUGCCUCAAGGACUACGACUUACAAGUGCAAAUUCAUCAAUUUGCAAUUCAAGAUAUCGGUGGCAUUGAAGUGCUGGUGAAUUUGCUUGAGUGCAACGAUAUGAAGUGUCGUUUGGGAUCCUUGAUGAUACUGGCUGAGAUUUCAUCAAAUAUUGAUAUAAGAAAGACCAUUGUGGAUUUGGGCGGAGUGCCAUUGAUAGUUGACAUAUUGAAUAGUUCGGCAAAGGAUUUGAAAACAAUGGCAGCUGAGACUUUGGCUAAUAUUUCAAAAGUUCGUUUGGCUAGGAAAUACGUAAGGCAGAGUGGAGGCAUAUCGAAGUUGGUUGAUUUGCUGGAUAUUAAAUUGCAUGUCCUUAAGACUCCAAUGGAAGAACUGAGUGUGGACGAGAAGGAGAGUGUGAAUAUGGCUAGUGCGGGAGCGAAAGCCUUAUGGUCCUUGGCCGAUUCGAAGCACAAUAUUGAAGUGAUGAGGAAGACUGGAAUAGUUCCAUUGAUGGCGAGGCUUUUGAAAUCGAUUCAUAUUGAAGUUGUAAUACCAAUUAUGGGCACUAUACAGAAGUGCUCUUCACAGGCCAAGUUCCAAUUGGCCAUCACAACAGAGGGUAUGAUUGCUGAUAUCGUAUCCCAUUUACACUCAACUAAUAUCGAUCUUAAAAUGCAAUGCAGCAUAGCAUUGUACAGAUGUGCACGAGACCCAACAACUAGUGAUUUGGUUCGGGAAGCUGGAGGUCUUGAGCCUCUGGUCAUGAUCAUUAAGGACAAAGCUAACCGGGAAAACAAAGCUCUUUUAUCAGGUGCCACAGGAGCUAUCUGGAAGUGUGCUGCAACUGAUGCAAACGUUCAAAAACUCGACACUCUUCGGACAAUCAACGUUCUUGCUCAGUUGCUGAACGAUGAGUCUGAUGACGUCCUCACGAAUGUCAUUGGAGGAAUUGCUGAAUGCGUUCGAUUCAAAAGUAACAGAAAUGCUCUUCGUAUCGCUGGUGGUCUUCCAAGUCUUGUAGCCUUAUUGAAUUCAUCACAUCCUCCGUUAUUGGAGAAUUUAGCGAAGGCCCUCAAGGAAUGUGCUGAAGAUAGAGAUUGCAUGCAAGUUCUAGAAGAACUUGAUGCUGUUCGAUUGAUAUGGUCAUUGUUGAAGAACACUGAUAGUCGAGUACAAGCUUAUGCUGCGUACGCAAUAUGUCCUUGUGUUCAAAAUGCUACGAAUUCUGGUGAGCUAGUUCGAAGUUUAGUUGGUGCUAUGGAAUUAGUUGUGGGACUUCUAGCUUCCAAAGAUAUUCUUGUUCUAUCAGCAGUUUGUGCUGCUAUUGCUACCAUCGCAAAAGAUUCAACCAAUUUGGCUAUUUUGACUGAUUUAAAGGUUAUUACUAAACUUGCUGAAUUAGUGAACACAUCUGAUGAUCUUCUAAGGGAGAAUUUAGCUGCUGCCAUAGCUAAUUGUGCUGGAUAUGGCAACAAUACUCAAGAAUUAGGUCGAAUGCGUGCUGUUACACCAAUUGUUGGUUAUAUGAUAAGCAGUAAUCCAAAAGUACAUCGCACUUGUGCCAUGGCAUUGGAGAAACUUUCUGCAGAUCCAAGAAAUUGCAUAACAAUGCAUCAGAGCGGAGUUGUUCCAUUUUUGCUAGAAACACUUUCUUCAACUGAUACCGAUUUACAACUUGCAUCAGCUGGAUGUCUUCGAAAUAUUCGUGAACUGGCGCUAAGAGCAGAAGAAUAUAAAUUAAGAAUUGAAGAGUAAUGGCUAUUUAGAAGCACUUAAUCAGAUUUAUUUCAGAAUUUUUUAAAAACUUU